AUGCGUCUUUCAUCGCUAUCCUACGGCCUCCGGGCUCUGAACACCUCUCUCCCCCGAACAGCAAUCUCCCGCACAACCACUCGCCCAUUCUCCCAGUUGAUCAAUCGCCUACCUUCAUCCUCAACACAGCUCCAAAAACCUCAAAGACCAGCAGUCCAAUAUCACGCAUUCCGAUUUAAUUCCUCCUCCUCCUCCUCCUCCUCCUCCUCCUCCUCCUCAUCCGGCCAAUCCCCUCUCACCGACCGCCAACUCGACGCACAUACCGACGCUCAACACGAAGAACAGAACCGCCUGCGCCGCGAACAAGAACCCGCAUACCAAAUUACCUUCACCUGCAAACCGUGCGGAGAACGUUCAUCGCACCGCAUGUCCAAGCAUGGAUACCAUAAGGGAACGGUUUUGAUCCGGUGUCCGUCUUGCCAUAACAGACAUGUUAUCGCUGAUCAUUUGAACAUCUUCUUCGAUAAGAGUACUACGUUGGAGGAUAUCAUGCAGAAGGAGGGGAAGAAGGUGACGAGGGGGUAUCUGGAGGGGGAUAUGGAGUUCUGGGACGAUGGGGUUGCGUUUAAGAGGGGCGAGGGGGAGAAGUCUGGCGAUGGACAGUCGUAA